UUAAAUGUUUCCUUCUAAACUUCAUCAAAUGUGUCGUACUUUCAUAGUAUGGCAUCGAAGAUUCCAAAACAGAGUUGUGUAAAUACAAGACUUAAUUUCUGUCAGAAUGAAUAACAUCAUCAUUGCAUGGACAAUUGCUGGGAUUGGAAUGGCCCUUGCCUGUUUCUUCCUAUUACUAUAUCUAUGCUUGAAAUGUAAAGACAAGUGUCACGGAUGUUCAAGAUUUGCAUCAGCCUUUCCAUCAGAUAUCGCUACCUUCUACAGGCAAAACUCUUGGGUGGACUGUGACCACGAGUACGAGCGUAUAAGCUUACAGGACAGGUCCCGGGAGAAAGACACUGUAUGCAGCAGUCUACAACCGCAUCAUGAGGCGCGUCCGGGUGGGGAGAAAGGAGAAGACUAUAUAGAUCCCCGAGCUUCAUCAUCAACAGAACAUGUCGUAGAUGAUGUUAGGAUAUCCAGGUUAUCCCAUCUUCUGAGAACAUCGUUCUGGAGUAAAACCAACUCUGAGGAGGUUUUAGAAUCUGACCACAUACCAACAUGUGGAAGCAGCGGGCAAAGGAGAACUCGAAGCUGCCGCAAGGUGAAGUCAACUGAUAUUUGUUCGAAUACUCUCACUGCGGGGCAUUUCAUACCAGACUCGGGGGAGAUUCGUGCACGGGGACUACCAUCCGGAACAGCAGAAACAAUGCCGGAUGUCACAGACAGCAUGGUUGACAUUUUUCAAGAAAUCUUCAAUCCUUCCAACAACACUCUUAGAAGCCUGCUUCUCAGAACAAUUCACCCCGCAACUGAAAAAAAUAAAAGUCUAUCCAAACGUCUCUCUAAGUCUGAGACAGAUGUCACCAUUGCCAAAACAUUCAGAUCGUUCGGCAAUACAGACUACGAUCCCUCUACAGACCCACAAAUACAAAGUGGCGAUGAUGACCAUUAUGUCGCUGUCUCCGAUAUCAGAGUAACGCCUAUACCAAAACGACGAAAAUCAUUGUCCCGGAAGAAACACAUCCUUGAUGAUAAGCAAACGGAAAACGAGUCUGAGCUCAGAAAAUUGCCCGGCAGAAGUUUAAUUAAAUAUAUUACAAUCCCCAUGUUCGAGGAAAGAAGAGAAGCAAGUAUGCCUGUUCCGAGAUCCAAACCCAUGAGCCCCAGGCAGUGUCAACCAAGCAGCAUCUUCAAGACUUCCUCUGACAAGAAAGGAGGUGGUGAAUCUCCCACAAAUCGUAUGAUAGAGGAACACGUACAAGCACCUGCGAUGCAUCUUGACACCUAUGAAAAUGAAAUCCUAAGUGGAGUAGGCAGUCAAGAGAAUCCGCAAAGCUUUCAUGGAUCCUUCAGGCGGAGUGUGCAAAAAGCAAGAAAUGCUACAUGUCUAGACGGACAAGCAAAAACAGGAAAAGAAUAUUCGAACGUAAGGAUGGUCGUGAAGAAUUUGUCAUGCUCAAUCGAAAACAUUUGAAUGGAUUCAGAAUUGUUGAACACUUGAAUUGAUGAAUAAUGAUUUUUUAUACGAAAAAUAUUAUUAGUUCACAUAUAUAUGGUCUCCUUGUUGAGUAGAAUAUGACCUUCGUGUCCAUUGCCAAACCUUUUGUAGAACACAUGGUGUCAUCACGGAUGUUUACUGAUGCACUCGCAUAAUAUUCACCACGUUAGGCCGUAUCAAAUCUGUUGGGACAGAAAAGUGAGACUGGCUAUUUCUGGGAGGUAUCGUAUCUAUAUCACCCAUAUGGGAAGGAGGACACAGGGUAGUAUUGUAGUCCUUAGGUAGAUUACACCUUUCGGAGAACGGUGAUUGGCUGAUUAUAGCCAAUGAAGUGAAGCCGCAUCAUAAGCGUAGGGAUUUGGGUAUUCCUUACAUCACAGGUUUCCUCAUAGAGAAACUGGUGUUUUCAUUUUAGCGGGUUUUUUUAUCGAAGACUGAUACGUGUAAUAAAAACAAUAACCACCUCGUGACGGGGAAUGACAGAUGAUCUUUCCCUCGUUAUAUUAAUUUUGUAGUAUUAGUUAUUGUCUAAAUAUUUGUAAAGGACGAUCCAUGAGGAACGUGCGGUCGUGCUAUUUAUGUUUGUUUAUUUCUUGUUUAACGCUGCACUCAGCAAUAUUCCAGCUAUAUGACGGCGGUUUGUAA